AAUUUGCCACAUUUUAACCAAAUUAAAAAAAAAACAAUUAAACCUAAAAAAAAAAUUUCCCAAAACGAAAAUGUUGUGCAUGUUGAGAGGAAUCAAAACGAGUGCUUUCUUUUCCCCCUUCUACCAACAAUUAUGAUUUAGUUUUCAGCUACACUUCCCUCUCAAAUCAGAACAACACGUCUUUCAUCACGAAUCCUUCUUCCAUAACCCAUUAUAACCCUUCGCGCUGCUCCAACGUCUACAUAUUGUCAUCAAAAUGGAAACUGUUUGUCUCAAGUGUGGCGAUAAAGGCUUUGAAGUUGCAUUGGUUUUUUGCUCUGGGUGUCAGGCUUAUGCGCUACAUAGGUACUGUUUAAAGGGAGCUGUGAUUUUCACUGGUCCUGUUAAAUGGUUCUGUGAUGAUUGUGUAAAAAAGCUAAGCUUACCACCUUCUCUCGACCAAUCUACACCUCUUUCAUCUGUAACAAGAAACUACAAAAAUUUGGAAAAAAAUGCAAUCCAAACCAAAAGAGUAUUUACAAAUAUCGAAGAGAGAGUGAAGAAACGCCAUAAACUGCUAAAAAAGAAGACUAAAAAGGAACAUAAGAAAGGAAAAGUCAACUCUGCCUUCGUUGAUGAAACAAAGGGUGUACUAUCCGGUUCACAUGACCUUCAGCAUCCUCAAAACAUUAUCAGCAGUCAGGAAGAACGUGAGGUAACGAAUGAGCGUGAAGCAGCUCCAAGGGAUGUAACUAGUUCUGAUUUAGGUCUCCAAUCUGUUCCAUUUUCUGAAGGAGCUACCUGUAAUGAUUCAAGUUGUAUAGAACUAUACGGUUGUGUUCAUGCACAGCCUUUAAUUGAUCCGAUCUGGAGGGGAAGUAUAUACUUCUGCAAUGAAACUAUUGGUGCUGUCAGUGGACUUCUUGCUCAUAUGUCCGAUUUAGCAUGCUCCAAAGUUGUAGAGGAGACAGGACAUUUCCCAGAAGUGCUUCAUGCAGAAUUGGUUCCAAGGUCUACUGUGUGGCCUGAAAGUUUCAAGAGUAGGGAGCCAACUGAUCAGGACAUUGCUCUUUUUUUCUUUCCCGACAGUGAAGGAGCUGAGAAGGUCUUCGACGCUCUGGUUGACGAUGUCAUUUCCCAUGAAUAUGCCAUAAGAUUUGUGGCUAAAAACGCAGAGCUUUUAAUUUUUCCUUCCACCGACCUCCCAAUCUCUUGUUGGAGAUUUGAAGCUAAAUAUUAUUUGUGGGGUGUCUUCAAAAGAAAGCAAACUCGGGAACAGAGAAAUAAUGCUGCAUGCAGAGAUUGACGAAGCUCUUAGGUUAGCUUAACCAUAGCCAUAGACAUAGUCCAUCAUCCAAAAAGCAAUAGUGCUAACAGCUACAGUUCUAAUGCGUAGCACUCCUUUGCUCACUGUCACUGAUGUAAUGAUCAUAUUACAAGCAUGUUGAAGAUUAGAGUGAAUAGAAUAGAAUAGAAUGUGAUGAAAGCAAGAGAUGGGAUGGCUCAUAGGUACACGCUUGUUGUGGCUAGUUCAUUGUCCGAGAUAUGAGCAUACAUGGAUGUUGUAGGAACCUUUUGAAACUUCCUGAUUUUUUCUGACCAAAGUCUUUGAUUGUUGUAACUGGUAAGCACUGUGGCAUUUGUUCAACAGUCUCGGCCUUAAUGUGCCAUAAUCUGUCUUACUGAAACGUUUUUUAUCACAACGUUAUUUAUAUUUCAGGAAGGUUUGGGCCUGUAA